AUGACGCAAAGGUUGAAAGGUCCCUCAGAUAGAUGUACGAAGUUCAGCCGUACUUUGAACAAGGCUGAGCAGUGGGAUCUCAGAGGUCUUAGCGCCAAUUGA